AUGGGCGAGGCAGACGGCACCGACCCUCCGAUGUCGGGCACCGACCCUCCGAUGUCGGGCACCGAGCCGGCCAGGUCGAGCACCGACCCGGGCGAGCCGCAGAAGCCUCCCUACUCCUACGUGGCGCUGAUCACCAUGGCCAUCCGCUCCAGCCCCGAGCAGCGGCUCCCCCUGAGCGGCAUCUACGCCUUCAUCGCCGAGCGCUUCCCCUACUACCGCGGCGACUCCCCGGGCUGGCAGAACAGCGUCCGCCACAACCUCAGCCUCAACCCCUGCUUCCGACGCCUGCCCCGCCGCGGCCGCCGAGGCGGUGACUGGGCGCUGGAUCCCACUUUCCGCGACAUGUUCCCGGAGGGCGAUUACCGCCGGCGCCGGCGCCGCACUCUCCUCCCGACGGCAUCUCGUCCUCCUCCGCCACCACCGCCGCCCGCAGAGCCCUGGUCACCGCCGCCACCACCGCCGCCCGCCCCGCCGCACCCGCUGCCUGCUGAGCACUGGUCACCGCCCCCGGCCCCUCCAGGGUGCUCGCACGGACCCUGGGCAGCGCUGACCCUGCCCUGCGGGUGCCUGUGCCCGGAGAUGCCCGGCUGGGCUCCCCCCGGGUAUCCGGGGCCGCCGCAGGGCUACCCCGCCUGGCCGCUGGAUGCGGGGAUGCCCUGCGAGCCGGGCGCCGGGAUGUCGCCCUCCUUCAGGUGA